CUAAUCCUCCGUAUCACAUUUCACCUUCUUCCUUCUCUCUGUCUCUGCAACUCCGAAUCUAGGGUUAGGGUUAGGGUUUUUUUGGUCAGAGAAAAAAAAUGUCUUCAGGUGCUGGAGCAGGUAAAGGCGGCGCCGGAAGAGGCAAGCCGAAAGCAUCGAAAUCGGUUUCCCGAUCUUCAAAAGCUGGUCUUCAGUUUCCUGUCGGUAGGAUCGCUCGUUUCCUUAAGGCAGGAAAGUACGCUGAACGUGUCGGUGCUGGUGCUCCUGUGUAUCUCUCCGCCGUCCUUGAGUAUCUCGCUGCUGAGGUGUUGGAGUUGGCUGGAAAUGCUGCUAGAGACAACAAGAAGAAUCGAAUUGUGCCUAGGCACAUUCAGUUGGCUGUGAGGAAUGAUGAGGAGUUGAGCAAGCUUUUGGGUCAAGUUACCAUUGCCAAUGGAGGUGUUUUGCCCAACAUUCACCAGAAUUUGUUGCCUAAGAAGGCUGGCUCUGGGAAGGGUGAUAUUGGCUCUGCAUCUCAGGAGUUUUAGAUGUAAAUGGGGUGUUAUGUUUUGGGAAGUAUUAGGAGAAAGGAGUAGAACUUGUUAUGUAAUAUAAAAAAAAAUACCCUUUUGUUAUUCUGUUAUUUAAUGGUAUGAAAUGAAGAAAAAAGGGCAAUAGCCAGCCACCUGCAGUUUUGGUUAUAGA